ACAGGAAGUUACGCCAUCGCUCAGUGGCAGCUUGAAAAUGUUUGUAUCAUUUGGCGGGAGAGAUGGCGGCUUGGACUCCUCCACAGCAACACUCCGAGCCGGAGAGCAGAGUGUCGGUCAGGUCAAAGGGAAGAGUCAUGGAGCUGAUCGACAGGGGUAAGCAGCUCCUGAGCAGCGCGCUGGACGGACAGGCCGCCGUGGACGAGGAGACGCGGCAGGCUUUGGUGCGGGAGCUUCAGGCGGACUUUGAGGCUGCUGUUCAGGGGAACGUACUAAUAGAUGGACUUCUUUGGGGGGAGGCUCCUGCAGCACAUGAAGACCAGGCCGUGGAUGUGGAAAGUCUUCUUGAUGAAACUAUCAUUGAAGCCACCAGAAGGCGUCGGGUGUUUCCCAUGAAAAUCCUCCCCCAUGCAGUCCGCUCGCUCAAAGCAGAGCGCAAGAUCAUGGGCCUGUAUGAGCCUGCCGUUCAACCCCGGGACUUGAUCAAAGACCCUGAACAAGCAGAGGGUCUCAUGAAGGAUUUGUCAGCAGCAGCUCCUGGGCUGGUUAGAGAAGCCAUCCAGGUUAUAAAGUCAGUCACUACUCUGCAAGUCCAGGUUGAAGGCCUCUCUGAGAUCCUGAACAGGAAACCCACCCAGGCCUCCCUGGAGAUCCACAGAGAGGUGUUUGGCUUUGACCCAGAAGAAUUGCCGGAACCUUCUGAAGCAGCACAUGCCAGGAACAGGCAGCCAAUCAAAAGAGCCAUAGAGGAGGCAGCAGCCCAACAGGCUUACUCUCCCCUAAACAAAAAACCUGUUUGCAGUGAUGAGAGACUUGUGCAGAACCAUGAGCAUGCUGCCAUGUCGCACUGAAAACCUGCUUGCCUUUAAAAUGACUAAAUAACUGCAUGGACGUCAUGGUGAAAAGUGUUUUCCUCCUCUCAUAAAAAUAAAGAGACAUGAAAUAAAACAAAAUUGGAACUUUUGAA